GUGGGAGGGCGGACGAGCUGGUGGCCGGCGGCUCGGCCAGAGGACGGGGCUAUGGAGAAGCUGCGGCGCGUCCUGAGCGGCCAGGACGACGAGGAGCAAGGCCUGACGGCGCAGGUCCUGGAUGCCUCAUCCCUGAGUUUCAACACCAGGUUGAAGUGGUUUGUCAUAUGCUUUGUUGCUGGCAUUUUCUUUUCAAUCCUCGGAACUGGGUUGCUAUGGCUUCCCAAUGGCAUGAAACUCUUUGCAGUAUUUUACACCCUUGGAAACCUUGCUGCAUUGGCCAGUACAUGCUUUUUAAUGGGACCUGUGAAGCAACUGAAGAAAAUGUUUGAAACAACAAGAUUGCUUGCAACAAUUAUUAUGCUUUUGUGCCUGGUAUUUACCCUGUGUGCUGCUCUGUGGUGGCGGAAGAAGGGGCUGGCCUUACUCUUCUGCAUAUUGCAGUUCUUGUCCAUGACCUGGUACAGUCUGUCCUACAUCCCGUAUGCAAGGGACGCGGUGCUCAAAUGCUGCUCCUCACUCAUGAGUUGAAAGGCGUACGUGCCCAGGAGUGCCUGCCUCAGUGAUCACUCCAGAAGAGGCAGCAGCCCCAGCCCAUGCCAUGGACCGCUGAACUUCACUGCGUAGCCCUCCGUUCCCUGCCUGCUAACCUCUGCUUCCAAAGACAAGGAGAUCAUAAUCAUUGCCACUUGUAAAUAAUUUUUACUCAGUUUUUAGUCUUUACAAACAGCUUUUGAAAUGUGAAUAUUUAAGGUAUAAACCUGUGUUGUAAGGUGUAUCCAGCUUAUUUGACUUUUUAAAUGCUCUACAACUUUAAAAGGAAUUUUUUAAGUUUAAAAAUGUGAAACUUUAUAUAUUUCAAGCUUAAAAUUACU